GAUGAAAAUGUCGCUUUACAUUGGUCGCGAGGCUUCCAAGCUAUGGAAGAGAGCUUCUGCGGAGGCAGUUACAGAGGGAAUCCUCCUUGCCGAUAAUUGGAAGUACCUUCUCGCUGGUAUUUUCUGUCAGUACCUUCAUGGUUUGGCUGCACAUGGAGUUCAUUAUUUACAUAGACCCGGUCCUACAUUACAGGAUACUGGAUUCUUCCUUCUUCCGGAACUUGGCCUCGAGAGAGCUUAUGUUAGUGAAACGUUGUUUACCUUUAUCUUCGUAUCUUUUAUCUUGUGGACAUUUCACCCAUUCAUAUUCAAGAACAAAAAGAUCUACACAGUUCUACUAUGGUGCAGGGUUCUAGCUUACUUAGUUGUUUGUCAAGCUCUUCGCGUAGUGACAUUUUACUCUACACAGCUUCCUGGUCCAAAUUACCAUUGCCGCGAGGGAUCUCCUUCUGCUAGGCUACCUCCUCCAAAAGAUGCCAUAGAAAUCAUAACAAUUAAUUUUCCUGAUGGUUUGGUACAUGGCUGUGGAGACUUGAUAUUUUCAUCACACAUGAUCUUCACUCUUGUCUCGGUUAUCACGUAUUACAGAUAUGGCACAAUCAGGUUUAUUAAGCAGCUAGGGUGGGUUCUUGCAGUAAUCCAGAGUCUUUUGAUCAUUGCAUCGCGCAAACAUUACUCGGUCGAUGUAGUUGUUGCCUGGUACACGGUUAAUUUGGUUGUAUUUUUUGUUGAGAAGAAAUUGCCAGAAAUGCCAGAUAGAAUGGCCAUGACCAUGCUACCAUUGAGCACCAAAGACAAAGAUAGCUGGUCAAAAGAAGAGAGCCACAAGUUGAGCAUGAGUGCUCUAGUAGACCCUUCAUCAGAUAGGAAUCAGAGGCUGAGAUCUCCGGCAAACGGCAAGACCACCAUGGAAGACGGCAAUGCACUCCUCAUUGCUGAUUCUCAAUGACCAAAGAGGUUGAUCGUUGUUGGAAAAGCCACAACGUUCGGUUAGAUUUUUGGUUAAAAUUUGUGGAGUUGUUAAGUAGAGCCUUGGUUUUGUGUAAGCUUUUUCAUUGUAAUUAGAAUGCGUUUAAUUUGUUGCCAUGUUGAAGCCCCUGAUUCAUUCAUUUCUUUUUAUGAAAUUUGUAAAGCUUCAACAGGGGCCACAGAAAUUUUUUCUUGUCCAUAUUUUUGCCUCCAUUUUAUUAUGUGCAUAAUGUGUUCCCACUAA